AUGGUGGAUCAGAAGAAGACAAUCUUGCUCGUCUUCAUCCUCUUGUUGUUAGAGUCAACGUUCGAGCAGCAGACAACUUCUCCGGUCGAGAAAUCAGCGCUUUUGGUACUAAGGUCUUCUCUGGGGCUAAGAGGCAGAGAUUGGCCUGUAAAAGGCGACCCUUGUCUGAACUGGAACGGCGUAACAUGUGAUGGGAACGGUAGUGUCAUUCACAUAAACAUCUCAGGGUUCAGAAGAACAAGGAUUGGGAAUCAAAACCCGCAAUUCUCAGUCGAUUCGCUCCUCAACCUCACCCGUUUAGUUUCCUUCAACGCCUCGAGGUUCUCUCUUCCAGGUCCAAUCCCGGUUUGGCUCGGAUCAGGUCUGUUGACUUUGCAGGUGUUGGACCUUAGCUCUUGUUCAAUCACAGGAAGCCUCCCUGCAAAUUUGAGUGGGUUAUCACGCCUCACGGUUUUUGAUCUUUCCAAGAAUUCAAUCAGUGGUAGUAUUCCUCUGUCUCUUACAUCUCUUCAGAACCUAUCAGUUCUUGAUCUUUCCUCAAACUUGGUGCAAGGUUUGAUUCCCGCUAGUAUCGGGGCAAUCUCAAACCUCCAACGUCUGAAUCUUUCGCGUAACCGCUUGUCCUCUUCCAUACCCCAAUCACUCGGUGACCUUUCUGCUUUAGUUGACCUUGAUCUCAGCUUCAACGACCUGUCUGGUUCGGCUCCAACAGAUUUGAAAGGGCUAAGGAACUUGCAGACACUUGUACUUGCGGGAAAUCGCCUCUCAGGAUCCCUACCUCCUGACCUGUUUGGUUUCCUGAGCAAACUACAGAUCGUUGACUUCAGAGGCAGUGGUUUCAUCGGCGCCUUACCUCCCAGGUUAUGGUCGUUACCAGACCUGAAGAUUCUUGAUCUUUCUGGAAACCAAUUCUCCGACUCGCUGCCUAAUACCACCACUGGCAGUUCUGAUCCUACUGUCUCGUUGCUAAACAUAUCCGGGAACAUGUUCUACGGCAACCUCACACUUUUACUGAAAAGGUUUCGAGUUGUUGAUCUGUCAAGAAACUAUUUUGAAGGUAAAGUUCCAGACUUUGUGCCCACCAAUGCUUCCUUGAGCAACAAUUGUCUCCAGGGGCCAACGAACCAGCGAGAAUUGUCCGAUUGCACCUCGUUCUAUUCCAAAAAGGGAUUAGCUUUCGACAAUUUCGGACAAGAACCUGAACCGAAAAGGGAACCAAAAUCUACCUGGUUAAGCCACAGGACUAUAGUUAUAAUUGCUGCAGUUGGAGGAUCUAUAUUGGUCAUGCUCAUUCUCAUAUUGUUACCAAUAACAGUGAGUUUCUGUGUCCGUAGAAGAAACAGAUCAUCAACAACUAGUAGUACUCAUCAUCGUAGAGGGAGACACAACGGCGUUGGCCCAUUGCCUCCUGAUGAAACACUUCCCUCGGGAAGAGGUGUAGCUGGAGGAGUCUCUAUAAACUUUGCGAGUCUUGGAACGUCGUUUACGUAUCAACAGCUGCUCAACGCCACGAAGGAGUUCCGUGAUUCGAACCUGAUUAAAAGAGGAAAGUCAGGGGAUCUCUUCAAGGGCGUUCUAGAAACCGGAGUUCAGGUCGUUGUGAAAAGAAUCCGCUUGGAAUCGAUGAAGAACAGUGAAACGUAUCUAACCGAGUUGGAUUUCUUCAGCCGGUUUGCUCAUCCGAGAAUAGUCCCGUUUGUAGGGAAAUGCUUAGAGAGCGCAAGCCAUAAGUUCUUGGUGUAUAAGUACAUGCCGAACAUGGAUUUACCAAGCUCCUUGUUCUACAAAUCCAAUUCCCUUGUUGACGACGGAUUGAAAUCUCUCGACUGGAUCACAAGGUUGAAAAUCGCACUGGGAGCAGCAGAGGGGCUUGCUUAUCUGCACCACGACUGUUCACCAUCUAUCGUCCACAGGGAUGUUCAAGCAAGCAGCAUUCUCCUGGAUGAUAAGUUUGAAGUUAGGCUCGGAAGCUUUAGCAGAGCUUGUCAUCAAGAAAACAGUGGCCGUCCCCGGAAAAUUGCCAGACUGCUCAGAUUAUCCCAGUCUUCUUCUUCUCAAGAAAGUGUUCCUGGCUCUCCAGCAACAGCAACAUGUGCAUACGAUGUCUACUGCUUCGGCAAGAUACUACUGGAGCUAAUCACAGGAAAACUGGGAAUCAGCUCAUGCGAAGAAACCCAGUUCAAAAAAAUGCUAGCAGAGAUUAUGCCCCACAUUUCAUCACAGGAGAAAGAACCAGUGACCAACAUUCUAGACCAAUCUCUUCUCGUCGACGAAGACCUCUUGGAAGAAGUCUGGGCGAUGGCAAUCGUCGCCAGAUCUUGUCUAAACCCUAAACCCACGAGAAGGCCGCUUAUGAGACACAUAGUCCAAGCACUGGAGAACCCUCUGAGGGUGGUGAGGGAAGACAGCAGCGAAUCGGAGAGAUUCCGUACGACGGGGUCUUCGAGGGGAUCGUCGAGUAGCGGAAGAGUUUUCGGUAGUUGGAGACAGAGCUUGUCUGAUCCAGUCGCGGCGGGAACGAGUAGCCUUCUGUCUCAGGCGGAGGGUUUAGCGAGGCCCGGCGGCGUGACGGGAUCGUCGACGAGGGGAAGUAGCCGUGGCGCGUCGAGCCGACGAAGUACGAAAGAUGUAUAG